AGUCGAGCGAAGAUGAUUCUCUUUGGUUUCGUCUGCCUGUGCCCUUUCGUUCUUCUCAUUGGUUCGUCACCGGUUCACGCUCCGUCAGUCCCUACGAGGUAUUUCAAUGCCAACAAUGCGUCUCCAUCGACACUCGGAUUGGCGAGUAUAUUGGGACUCACAGCUGUAAUGCCAGCCGGAUUUGCCGCCGUCCCGAGGUACGUGCCAAAAUGGAAGAAGCAGGCGUGCGAGAUCCCUGCGACCCAGCAUCCAAACUCUCACUACGUUUGCGACGAAGCCGGCGAAGUGAAGUGUAUUUCAGGCUGGACCGGCGACCUGUGCGACGUUCCUUUGUGCCGAAAGGGCUGCGAUCCUUUGCAGGGUUACUGCAGUCGUCCUGGAGAGUGUCGGUGUAAGCUCGGCUUUUAUGGCGCGCUGUGUGACAAGUGCGUUCCGUUGCUCGGCUGUCAACACGGUGGAUGCAACGUGAGUUUCGAGUGUGCCUGCAAUCCAGGAUGGAAAGGCCUUUUCUGCUCGGAGCCGAUUUGCGAUCCGGAGUGCCACCCGAACCAGGGAUAUUGCGAAAAGCCUGGAGAAUGCAGAUGUCGAAUCGGUUGGCAAGGAGCAAAGUGUAAACAAUGCUCGGUUCUGCCAGGAUGCGCUCACGGAAGCUGCAAAGGACCGUUGGAGUGCCGAUGCGACCCUGGAUGGACGGGAUUCUUGUGCCAAACACGGUGCGCUCAUGGGACUUGCCAAGGACCCCCCGAAACUCGAUGCGAGCCCGGAUGGACCGGACCUUUAUGCGAAAAGCCUAUUUGUUCCCGAGGGUGCAACAGGGGUACGGGAUCGUGUAAGCAGCCCGGCACGUGCAGAUGCAGGAUCGGAUGGACUGGACCGAACUGUACGGAAUGCGUUCCAUACCCAGGAUGCGCUCAUGGGUCGUGCAAGAGGCCCUGGGAAUGCACUUGCGAGCCUGGCUGGUCCGGCUUCGUCUGCGAAGAAAAGCUCACGUACUGCGACCACAAUCCGAAUACGUGUCAAAAUAACGGCACCUGCAUCAGCAUGCCAAAGGAGGAUGGAAAUUUUAGAUGCAUUUGUCCACUGGGCUACAUCGGUCAUCAGUGUCAAAUUGAAACGACGGUUCCAGCGACCGAUUUGACUCCUCCGUUGCCAGAAACUCCGAUCUCCAUAAUCACAACGGAAGAAGUAACAACGUCAGAAAAAUCCACAACGGACGAGGAAAUCAUUGAAAAUCCUACGGAACUAAAACCCAACAAUUACGGGAAUUCUCAUCAAGGUCACGAGGCUCAAACGGCUCCAGAAAACAUGGAGAAUUCUGAAGCGUCGAGCGUCGAACCUUUGGAAACUAUUUUCGUAACUGAUCCCUCAACUAUCGACCCUUCUGCGACCGCAGGAAAAUGGCCAACUGAACCACCGACUGAAACUCCAACGAUCGACAAUGAUGCUGACAACGAAGCCUGACCAAUAUCCAAAUAUUAUUAAUAGAAUUAUUUAUAUUUAUUUAUUUAUACAUCUUCGUGGUCAUUUAAUGAAUUAUUUAUGAAAAAUGUUCAAUUCAUUAAGGACAAUUCAAUAAAAUUUCUCUAUAUUCGUUGU